GAAUUUGCGCGCUGCCGCAAGCCUCUCUGCGAUAGGUGCGUGACGAAGCUGCGCGCGCUCUGCGGAAAUAUAAGCGAGGCUUUGAGCUGAUCGGACCACAUUUUCUCUUAGUGUCGAUACUACGAAGAAAAGAACCUGUCAAAAUGAGUGGUCGCGGAAAGACAGGAGGCAAAGCCAGAGCUAAGGCUAAGACCCGCUCAUCCCGUGCCGGGCUUCAGUUCCCCGUGGGUCGUGUCCACAGGCUGCUGCGCAAAGGCAACUAUGCGGAGCGUGUGGGAGCCGGCGCCCCCGUUUACCUGGCAGCUGUGCUCGAGUACCUGACCGCUGAGAUCCUGGAGCUGGCUGGCAACGCAGCCCGCGACAACAAGAAGACUCGCAUCAUCCCACGUCACCUGCAGCUGGCUGUGCGCAACGACGAGGAGCUCAACAAGCUGCUGGGGGGAGUCACCAUCGCUCAGGGUGGUGUGCUGCCCAACAUCCAGGCCGUGCUGCUGCCCAAGAAGACCGAGAAGCCCGUCAAGGCCAAGUAAACGCAAAGCGCUGGGCUGCA